AUCGCACGGCCUCCCGCGAAUCCCGUCCGACGCUCUUCUCUUCUCUCUAAAACCCUACGGUUCUCCGACUGCAUCCCCCGGUAAGGGCACCGAGCCUCUCGUCGCCCUCCACGCACCCCACGGUGGGGCCCGCGGGAGUCUUCGUGGUCCGGUCUCUUCGGUAGCAACAAAGAAAAAGCGAAAAAGAGAUAGAAUAAUCCAAAACUCGUACGAAACUCCAAAGGCCGGACGGGCGAAGCGGCUCAGACAAAUCAAUCAAAUCGAAUCAGCGACCAAAUACAGAAAUACAGGCGGAGUGCGGAGUGGGAAGGAAAGGGAAACUAAAGGGGGAAGUUGAAGGCUUUUACGGGAGAUGGGAGAGAUGGAGGAGAGAGAGAGGCAUGUGUACAUGGCGCAGCUGGCGGAGCAAGCGGAGAGAUACGAAGAAAUGGUGGAGUCCAUGAAGAAGAUUGCUAGAAUGGACAUAGAACUGACAGCAGAGGAGAGGAAUUUACUGUCAGUUGGGUACAAGUAUGUGAUUGGUCCGAGGAGAGCAUCAUGGAGGAUCCUCGCUGCACUUGAAGAGAAGGAAGAUGGAAAGGGGACUGAGCAAAAUGUUAAGAGGAUACAGGACUACAAGAAGAGAGUUGAAGAUGAGCUUGCGAAGAUCUGCAACGACAUCCUGUCCAUCAUUGCCAUCCAUCUCCUUCCAUCCUCCACUGCUGGUGAAUCCAUUGUCUUCUUCUACAAGAUGAAAGGAGAUUAUUACCGAUAUUUGGCUGAGUUUAAGACUGUGAAUGAAAGAAAAGAAGCUACAGAUCAGUCACUGAAGGCUUACCAGGCUGCUACUAGCACUGCUAUGACAGAUCUUCAUCCCACCCAUCCGAUAAGGCUGGGCCUUGCCCUGAAUUUCUCUGUGUUCUACUAUGAGAUUAUGAAUUUGCCUGAAAGACAUUUGGUUGAGCAACAAUGCUCGGGCCUAGAUUUGGUCCUAACCAGUAUUCAGGUGCCGAACGAUGCUGGGCGGUAGAGCACAUCCAUACCAACAUGGUAUGUAUGGUGUGAAGGCUCCAUAUGCUCCCCAUACAGAUACAUGAUAUAGGUGCUGUACUGACUCCAACAGUGUACCAUGUGCCAGUAUGUGGGCAUAUACCAUACAGUAGGGGUAAGGGGUCUGAUGCCGAGACUUAAAACUUAGGUCCUAACACAAUCAUGUGGAGGCAUCAAACAUUUUUCGUAUAUUGACAGGAUUGAUUGUCACUAGACGUGGCACGUGUGAUGCUCAAAUUUAUAAAUUUUCUUCUAACAAUUAUUUUUUCUGAAAAUGAAUUUGCUCAAUUUACUGAUAUUGCCAUGUUGGUAUUCAUUGUCCUGAACAAAUUUCAAUGUAUAAGAAGACUAGCUUAUGUCAUCUAUUGGUAAGUAAACAAAACUAAAUCUCAUACCCAGCAUAAUAAAUGCCUGUUUUCUCUUAAUAAUGCAGUGAAAUGUUUCUAACAAUCAUCUAUUUGUGAUUGAAAAGUCAGAAGUCCACUGUGCAUUGUAUUUUGUAUUUUGCAACACUUUGUGUAAAGGUUACUCAUAUGCGGAAGUGUGUGGAUAUGUGUAUUCCCACGUACAAGGGCUACUCUUUAUAUGUGGCUGCAUAUGAUUCCUUGCAAAUUCUCGUUGGAUCUU